CUAAAAUAUUGCAAGGUUAUGUUUAGUUAGAUUUACGUAACAAAUAUAAGAUGCGUCCAAAAGUAUCAGCCGUACUGACUCAAUAUUUAAAACAGUGCAAUGAACCACCGUGGACGUCAUACUUCAUACGGUAUCGAGAUGUUUACAACGAUCAAUUCGGUCUUUCCCACUUCAAUUGGACCUUAGACAGCGGCACCAAUUAUCAUAUCUUAAGAACUGGCUGCUGGCCGUACAUGAAAUAUCAUUGCACAAAACGGCCAUUGCAAAACUUGACUCUUGAUGAUAAACUCAUAAAUUUUAUCAAAAUGAUAAAUUUAGGUAUUCCUCAACUUAUGUACGGCUUUUCGGCAAUGAUGCUAAUUACCCAUAUCGAAUAUGUUGAUAUGCGUGAACAUGGAAAAGUACCCAUUUACUUUCUAUACAAAGAAGAUAAAGGAUCACAUUACUAAAUAAUCGAGACUGGCAAUGGUUU